UUUUCUACCCAUGCGUCAGUGCGCGAUUAACCGGAAGAGACGUUAUGGCUUAUUUCUAGAAGGUUGUGGUGACAGCACAACUCCAGAUGGAGACGGAGUCUGAGAUGCUCUCAGCCGCCAUGGCUAACACCUUAAAAGUAACAGAGAAAACCACUGCAGACCAGGAAGAAGACUGUUUCUAUGACUGUGAGGACACAUUACUGGGAGAAGAUGGACACACUGACACUAAACGCACAGAGAGGGCUCGUAGCGAUAGACUGGAAUCUGAUGCCAGGACAGAAAAAGACAAUAGCUUAGAAACUGAGAGACUAGAAAACAUGGAUGACACAUCAGCAGAGGAUUCAGAAGGGCACGAGGACAGUUCGGCUGAAAAGAGCCAUGACUCAUUAACAAGAGAUCUGAGUCCUGGGAAAGACAAUGAUGAAGAACAGGAGAGUGAUGAGAAGAGGGAGACUGACUCAGAUUCAGAAUUUAAAGAAGAGGAGGUCAAGGUGACCGAGUAUGAUGAGGAAUACCUGCGUGAGCUGGAGAAAGACCUGACGGAAGAAGAAAAAGAGAGCAGAAGAAAGGAGAGUUUAGAGCUGAAGGAGAAGGGCAACAUGCAGUUCAAGAGUGGAGAGCAUGUAGAUGCUGAGGAGUCUUACACGGCCGCCCUGCGGGUGUGUCCCGUGUGCUACAGUAAAGAGAGAUCCAUACUCUUCUCUAAUCGAGCUGCCGCACGCUUUCAUCAGGAUAAAAAAGACAACGCUAUCAGUGACUGCUCUAAAGCCAUAGAACUGAAUCCAAAUUAUAUCCGUGCCAUUCUGCGGAGAGCAGAACUUUAUGAGAAGACAGACAAGCUUGAUGAAGCUCUAGAGGACUACAAAACUGUCUUGGAGAAAGACCCGGGCAUCCCUGCGGCUAGAGAGGCCUGUAUGCGGUUGCCACGACAAAUUGAAGAGCGCAACGAGAAACUGAAAGAAGAGAUGAUGAGUAAGCUGAAAGACUUGGGCAACAUGAUUUUACGACCCUUUGGUCUCUCUACCUCCAACUUCCAGGUCAACCAAGAUACCAACACAGGAUCCUACUCCAUUAAUUUUGUUCAGAAUCCCAAUAACAAUAAUAGAUAGCAGCAGUCUAGAGUUUAUUACAGUGAUAAACUGUCAACCGCCCCAUUCAAGUGUUCGGACUAUCUAGUCAUAUUCCCUGUCUGCGCUAAUUCAUUGAUGCAUUUUUGCAGAAUUUCUUGUCACAGACAAGUAAUAUAAGCCAUUUCCAUUAGAUUUGGCAAAUUACAUUAUCAGCUCAUGUCAGCUGGCUUUUAAGUCUGUAUUAUUUAGAUAAUUUUUUUGGCAUGCAGUGAAGCUGGUAUCGGCGAUCCACAGACUGUCAGUCCUGAGCAAUGAAAAUAAUGGCCUUCAUCACCCCAUCCAAAACUUGUGCAGUAAUCAACCUUACCUGCUUUAACAUUAAACCAGUGGUUAUUUAAGA